CCGGUGGCUCGACCGUAAAGUUUGGACAUUUUCAGAUAGGUUAACGACUUGCUCACUGAUUUCUAAACAAAUCGGCUGAAUGACGACGGUGCAGAUCUUCAGUUUUCCUCUAACAGCUCGUCAUGUUGUACAUUUUCAAGCGGCUAAGAAAAUUGUUACAGGUGCCUCAGCACCCACUUUCAAGGCCCUCUGGACUUCAAGCUGCAGGGAUAAGUGCACUUUUUUUGUGUAUUCUCACUUUCAUCGUUGUUUCCCAUGAUUCUCGAGAAUAUGAGCAGAACAAAGAGGUCCUGGGUUGGGAACCAUACAAGAACCGGACAGUAGCUGCACUCCUGGCGGCCAUCGAUUCAGAAGAGGGCGCAGAGGAGGUGUUAGAAGGUCCCGAGUGUAGUUCAUCCCUUCUUUUGGUUGUGGUCGUUCACUCCAGUCCCAAGAACGAGGAGAGGCGCAUGGCCGUGCGUCACACUUGGGGCUCCGCCAACGACCCCUCUGUAAAAGUGGUCUUCCUCCUUGGAAAACUCAGAAACGAAUCUACAGAAUUCCAGGAAAGAAUAUCAAAAGAACAAGAGUCCUUCGAUGAUAUAAUUCAAGAGAAUUUUAUCGACACUUACCACAACCUAACCAUCAAGUCUGUCCUAAUGCUGAGAUGGUUCGUUCAAAACUGCAGACAAGCAAAGUAUUUAUUCAAGACCGAUGACGAUAUGUUUGUUGAUUACCGGGUCUUGACGAAAUCCCUGAGGGAGCCCCUCCCAAAACGAAUCGAUCCGGGGAAUUUUCUUGGGGGCGUUUUGUCGCAGGAUGCAAGACCAAUUAAAAACAUAACAGAUAAAUGGUUCAUGCCAUCCUACCUUUAUGCUGAGAGUACAUAUCCUGACUAUGUAGCUGGAGCAGGCUACUUGAUGUCCAGCCAGGUGGCACAGAAACUUUACAAAGCUUCAUUUGAGGUUGAGAUGAUUCACAUGGAGGAUGUUUAUGUUACAGGUAUUUGUGCUCAGAGAGCUGGCAUUGAACCGAUCUCACUUUUUGGUUUCACAUACGCUGAAAUAAAAAAAUUCAACUGCAAAACACGUUUCUUCAUGAGUCAUAGAAUGACUCCUCAUGAAAUGAGCGACUCGUGGACAACACUCACCAAUUGCUCAUCGGCGACUUUUGUCCAAUCCAUUUUUCAAGAGGAAGAGUGCGGGAUGUGGGGAAAAUUUAAAAACUUGUUGAGGAGAUAUAUUUGAAUAUAUGUUGGUAUUAAUUCCUCUAUUGUGUAAGGUAAAAUGUUUGUCUGUUAUUUAAAGUAUAUAAAUAUUUUUUACUUUUUUA